AUGAAAUCUCAACCAGUUUUUGACGUACACCGAGUAGUGAUGGCCGAGCUAAAGGAAACCAAAGAACGAGAGCAAAGGCUUAUGGGUGAGUAUACAGAACUCGAAGAAGAGAACAUCGCCCUACAGAAGACUGUUGCCAACCUUCGAGGUGCGCAAGUAGAAUUUGAAUCAUUAAAAAUUGAUUGUACCAAAUAUGCCGAUGAAAUCUACAUGUUAAAUGCCGCAAUAGAAGAAAGUCAGUUGUUAAAGAAUAUCGCCGAGAAACAGGUGGAGGAAGCGCUUUUGGCGGCACAACAAGAACGGGAACAGCGGUUAGCGAUGAAAAAGGAAUUGGAUGCUGUCAAGAAUGCUGAACAUUUGAGU